CUCGUUCUCAUCACCCUCAUGCACGAAGGACUGAAUUUGUUUUGGAGCCCAAAUUGCAAACACCACCUGCGUGUUUAAAUUGGUGUACUGCGAAGUUCAAAUCUAAAAACAAACGAUUUCCAAAAUGUAGCUAAAGUUCCAAAUGUCUUCAUCAACAGUGAAGAAGCUUCAAAAUUUGCAUUUAGCAGAGCGUUCAUGUGGCCUCGAGGAUUUAGUAAGUUUAGGCCCAUGCCAAGAUGGACCGACUCGUGAUUCAACCCAAUUCAAAACCAAGCAAUUGCUGGAGAAAUCGUCUCCUAUUCACAACAUUGACUUUGCUGAUUCAGCUACAUUAAAGAAGGAGAAAGCUAAAGUUGCCGAAAAUGAGAAGUAUUACUACAGAAGUCCUUGUCCGGAAAGAAAUAACUUGGCUAAGUCCUCUCGAAAGUCUGAUGCAGCAUUUUCAAACACUUCUCUACUGGGCUCGGUUGAACAGUUCUGCAAACCAAGUGCAGCCGAUAGAAAUCACUCAAAGGUUUUUGUUGGAAAUAUCAGUUAUCGAAUGAAGGAUAGAGAGCUUAGAGAAUACUUUGAAUUGUUUGGAAAAGUUCUUCGGGCAAGUAUUUGUAAAGAUAAGAGGAGCAGAAGGUCUAGGGGAUUUGGCUUUGUUGUUUUUUCCAAUCAUGAAGAAGCAGAAAGAGCCAUUCGUGCACCAGAAUAUCAGCUACAUUGUGAUGGAAGGUUGCUUAAAGUUUCUUGGCCAGAGAGGAAAACAAAAGGUGGAUCGGCAAAUGUUAGUGCAUCGCCAGGAUUGUCCAUAGAGGAACUCGCAAGAUAUCUCCUUGGAACAGAGACUUUUCAAAAUGUUACCGAAGAAACAAAUGUGCAGACGGAUGAUAGGCUCGAAAAGGAUUGCAUAAACCAGUUAAAUGAUGACAUUCUUUUGAAAAUAUUUUCAUAUUUGGAACCGGCAGAGAGAAUCAAAUUGGAACGAGUUUGCAAGAGGUGGAUGACUGUGUCCUGUCAAACAUGGAAGUCGCUUAAACGUUUGGAUUUCAAAGGAAUGUUCACUUCGUUUCGAGGUGUUACAGACAAGAUUUUGUAUUCCAUUCUGAAACGAGGCUGCAAUAAUCUGCAAGAAUUGGAUCUAUCAGGUUCUCCAUAUUUCCUCACACCAGUUGGCGUCUAUUCGAUAAGCAAGAUAUGCACAGUUUUGAAAGUUUUGAACCUGUCUAACGUGGGAGUAGAUAAUCAAAACUUGAAGGACAUCGCACAGAAAUGCAGCCAAUUAGAGGUACUUAUUCUAAGAAGGAGUAGGAAUUUUGGUGAAAAGGGGUUGUGGUGGUUUUUGAAAGAAGCAAAGAAUAUCAAACACCUUGAAGUAACGGAAAAUUUGCGAGUGACUGGGCGAUGUUUUUGGAUGCUUUCUCCAACAUUUCAAAUAUUAAACAUCAGUGGAUGUGUAAAGGUUGAUGAUGUAGGCAUGGAGCACCUCAGCUCUAAAGCUCCAAAUCUGCUGGCCUUGGACAUCAGCAAUUGUCUUCUCAUUUCGGACAACGGAUUAACCAAAAUAUGUACAAGCAACAGGCAACUACGAAAGCUUGUUUUCUCUGAAUCAGGCAAUGCUGUAACUCCAAAUGGGAUGGUGGCUGUCGGAAUGCUCACAGAGUUACAAACCUUGGAUUUGUCUCAGAGUCAGGCUGUGAAUGACAGCGUCCUUAAUCGAAUUGUAGCUGGAUGCACGAAACUAAGACAUUUGAAUUUGCAAGCGUGUCACCACGGAGUCACAGACUCUGGGGUCAAGGCAUUGUCUACAUUGGUUCAUUUACAGGACCUGGACAUCAGUUAUCUGUCAGAGGUCACUGAUGCCAGUUUGGAGCACCUCGCAGCAACCUCUCGGAUACAAUCAUUGACCUGCAAGGCAUGCAGCUUGAUUUCAAAUGACGGCAUAAUUUCAUCAGUUCUUUUUGGUGGCACGUCAUUGGAAUACAUGGAUGUGAGUGGCUGCUUUGCCGUCAGUGAUAACAUACUGAACAAUUCACAUCUAGCAGAGAGAGACGAGGACUUGCCAAAGAUAACCAUAAAUGUCGGAGGCACAUCAAUGACACAGGAAGGAGCUUUAGCUCUUCAGGAAAAGAUCGGUAACUGCAAGGUGCUGUUUGAGAAGAGGUACAAUAGUGCGCUGCGAAAUGAUUAUGAUCCAACGUCAUAUGCUCCAUUCGAAUCAAGUGAAGAUGAAGAUAAUGAGGAACAAGAUAGAGGCUUCCAUCCCUUCAGCGCAAAAGGUUAUACAGUACGUUCCAGUGACCUAGAUGACGUAACGCUGUCUCGUCGUACUAUGAGUUAUGAACAGGCUGAAGAUUUCUUGGCAGCCGAUGAUCCUGCGUUGCUCGAUGAAAUGGAGGAGCAGUUCAUGUUUGACUGAAUAUCAUGACUUUUCAAUGUUGUACUUUAAUUUUGAAAUGCCUGUGAGUGUUCAUUACCAGAAAAGUAGUAAGAUUGUUAUUGACACGAAAUAUACUCCUUAAAGUAUCGCAUCCAAAAGUUUCAUUUUUAUGCGAACGUAGCGGAGGAAUGAUUUCAUUUGUACAAAAAAAAUGUGCAUAUAAGUUGCCUUUGGAGUUGAGGUUUGUUUUGUUAUCUUAUGUAGUUUUAGGAUUACGUUUUUAAGGAUAGGCCAUUUUUGUGUUUCGUGAUAGUAUUCCAUAUUUCUAAUCCGCCAUUACUGCUUGGCCAGUUGCAUAUUU